CACGGGGUGCCCAGUCUUCCACCCGUAUCAUGAAGCUGCCAAAGCCGCCGCUGAUUUCCUGCAGCCGCUCAAUCCCAGCGAUGCAGUCGUCCGGUGUCCCGACGAUCCACUGGUUGUGUUCCACCAUGAAGUCAACAAUCUCGUCCUGGGGGACGUUCGGCACCUCGUUGCCAAGGGUGUUGCCAAAGUAUUCGGUCACCAAUCGACCACUGCCCACCCGGAUGUCUUUGAAGGCUUCCUUCUUGCUUUCGGCCAGGUGCAGGCCCACGACCAGACCCCAGUCUUCACGGUGGACCUCCUUGCCGUGUUCCGCCGCCGAAUCUUCGGCAAUGGACCACAGUUCCUUGAGGCUGGUGGACCGGACGGUAUCACGGGGGAUGCUCAUGGAGAGGACAGCCGCGCCGUGCUUACCGGCCAAGGUAACACCCGCCGGCGACUGCACCGACGCGACGGCGACGGGCAGAUGGGGCUGCUGGUAGGGGCGCAGUUGCAGGACUGCUUCAUUCAACUCGAACCAGUCGCUCUUGUACGUCAGAGGCUCGGAUCGCGUUGACGGCGUUCAGAUGUAUGCCCAGGGGCACAUUCGUCCAUCAUCUCCCGCUGGCGAGAGGCGUCAAUGCCCAGCAUGAGGGCGUCGGAAGCGAGGGCGCCCGGGCCAACACCCAGGAUAACGCGACCGCGGGUCAGGUGGUCCAGCAGAACCAUGCUGACUAUGGCAACCAUCAGGCGGCGAUAAGAUAGAGACUAAACAACGGUGCCCAGCCGGAUAUUGCGGGUCCGCUCGGCGGCAGUGGCGAUGAAGACCUCGGGAGAGGCGAUGGUCUCCCAUCCGGCUGAAUGGUGUUCGCCAAUGUAUGCCUCGUCAAAGCCCAAAGUAUCCAGCCACUGCAGGAGUUCCAGGUCCCGUUCCAGGGCCAGGGUAGGAUUCUCCCCGACACGAUGGAAAGGGUCCAGAACCCAAACUAAUUAGUUGCGAGUGCCCGUUAGUUGCGCCUCCCAUGCUGUAUCCUCCCACCACUUUGUACUGCGCCACAAAACUGACGGACAUUUU